AUGGUAUCACGGAGCGUGUGGGAAUGUGAAUUUGCAUCGUCACAUAACACCCAUAUCCCUACCCUAACCCCCAAAUCCAACCCAACCCCCAAACCCAAGUCCCCCUCAUCCCUAUACCCCAACGCCCAAACCCAGAGCCCCCUCAUCUCUACCCCAACCCCCAAACCCAGAGCCCCUCAUCCCUACCUCAACCCCCAAACCCAGAGCCCCCUCAUCUCUACCCCAACGCCCAAACCCAGAGCCCCCUCAUCCCUACCCCAACGCCCAAACCCAGAGCCCCCUCAUCCCUACCCCAACGCCCAAACCCAGAGCCCCCUCAUCCCUACCCCAACCCCCAAACCCAGAGCCCCCUCAUCCCUACCCCAACCCCCAAACCCAGAGCCCCCUCAUCCCUACCCCAACCUCCGUAUGGUUGUUAAUGUUAUUCUAAAUGAGAAUAUUGUUGUUUGA